AUGGAUAAACUUUAUAAGAGCCCAAGUCGGAAUAAGCCCUUGAAGUUACUGGAUAAUGUGCCGCUAAUUCCAUGUAAUCCUCAUCUAGAACAACCUGCGGAAGAGGAUCGUAGACUGGCGAAUUGGCAUCGCAGGCAGCUGGAGCACCAUCGCUAUCAAAAGCACCUUGGCGCCAAACUAAAACGCAAGCCCUCUGAGCUUGCCCUUAAUGCUCAUGAAUACUCACGCUCUAAAAAAGAAAUACAGUCCCUUAUAUACGAAGCUACAAAGUCCGAUACUCCACGCCCGAAUAAUUACUGCGGCAAUUCCAUAUUUUCGCAGCUUGUCCAAAAAUCAUCCAAUACUGGUGAGGAAAGCAAACUAGAGGGACAAGACAUUUAUGGCACCAUUAAUAGUAAAGACUCGAGGAAGCGGUCCCAGAAUGUCACAAGAGUCGCCCUGCCAAACUUAAUACGUAAAGAAAAAAUGCUGGUGGAAUCGUUUCAGGACAUUGAAAAAAUCCAAUUUCAUUCAAAAUGGGAAGAAGGUGAUUAUUUACGGCACAGAACAACAGAGCUUAAGGCUGCAAUACAGGUUUUAGAGCCUAAAAAGCCAGAAACAGAUAAUCUAAUAAUUAUCGGAAAGAAUUUUCAAGAUAAGCCUAAAGAAAAGUUCAUUAGACUACCUGUAAUAACAAUCACAUCUCACGAUGACGGAAUUCAGUUACUGAACUAUCCAGAUGAGAGAAUAGCCCUAAAGAUUCAAGACAGAGAAUUUGUUUUUGAAAGAGGAUAUUAUUUUGAGAAAUUGAAUUGCGAGGAAACAAGAGAAUUACGCCGAUCUAAGGAAGACUUAAAUUCUCAAAAAUAUGCAUACUCGGUUUUUGACACCAAGCAAGUCUAUAGAAUUUUUUCACAAAAAAUGCCACCCAUAGUGUGGGCAGUGAAUUUUACAGCACAAGGUGAUGAAAUAUGCGAAAGAAAAUUUAAACUAGAGAACAAAGGAAUACAAAUUGUCACGAUAGAUUGGCGAAAAGUAGUUCCAAAAUUAACAUCAAUGCCCAUUUCUAAUCGCAUAAAAAGUCUCUUCUUCUUUAAUAAAAAUCCUGUUUCAAUUCUUCCUGGUCAAAUAGUGGAAGUGGCAAUUUGGUUUCGUUCACGGCGUCCAAUUGUAGCAACAGAAACGUGGAAUCUUAUAAUUGAACCAAAUAUUUAUCCUGGAACAAUAAGUAUCCGACUGUGGGCGACAUCUAAAGGCAGCGACUGGAAACUCCACGAGGAUAAAAAGAACGCUCGUAUUAAGGAACAUUUGAAAACAAGUGUACGUUGGAACAUUAUUCGGGAUGUUGUUGAAACAGUGUUACAGGUAGCAACAAGUGAACGCGCACAAAAGGAGGUAGCCUAUAGCAAACUCUUCCUGGAGAUGAAUUUAUUUUGUGCUCGAAAUCCCACAUAUUUCUACAACUCGACCCUCAUUGCUGAGCUCAAGUGUAUAUAUAAAAAUGCUACAAAUCAAAACGAUUGGAGUCUAAUGUUGAAGGAAUUACAUAUGAUACUGUUAAGGCUCGGGCAUGAUAAGAAACAAAAUCAACUUACUAAACGCUUUAAUGAUAUUUGCAUCCAAAGCCUACAGCCUAUUUCUCUCUAUCAACAUCCACUUAACCCGAAGCGACAUUUAGUAUAUUGGCUUCUGUGUACAUUGAUUAAUAAAUUUGAGGAUGAAAGUAAUUUUGUUUUCAAUAAAUGCUGCCAACAUAUUGAUAAUGAUGAAGUAUACGAGAUGGAGAAUGCUUAUGAAAGCGAAGAAAUCGAGAGUGAAAAUUAUGAACAUUUUAAUACCAAUAUCGACCAUUCCCUCUAUUAUGAAAUAUUUUACGUCAGGAUUUAUUCUUUAAUGUGCGAAACCAUCGAUAGAAUUAGUGCUGCUGUUGAUUCACAAAUUUGUUGCGAUUAA